AUGAAAUCGUUUUUUCGAAAACGCUCCAAGAAUGCCAUGCAAUCCUCUCAAACGGAUCAAAGCCAACAUUCCAAAGAAGUAGAUCCACAAGAUCCACAAUCAUCUUCUUCUUCUUCCCAUCAUCAUCAUGAACAUCAUAAUAUUAGUAUUACUCCUGCUAAUCCACAGUCUUCCUCUUCAGAAGCUGCUGAAAAUCAUACUCCGACUCUUUCAUUGAAUUUGGCUUCCAUUCCGAAUAGUGCAUCAAAUGCUGUGAGUAUUUCUCCCUCUUCAUCGUCAUCAUCGGCUGCUGUAUCUCCAUCAACCACGAAUGUAGAAACGUCGGCAUCAUCGUCAGGAGGAGUUCAAAAAGGUGUACCAACUUUAUCCAUUCCUAAUAACAAUCGUUCUUCUCAAAAAACCAUAACAUCGCCUAGAAAUGUAUUUCUCACACCAAAGAAUGCUUCUGUAUCAUCAUCAUCGACUUCACCUCGUCAAUCUCCUACUCCGAGAGUUGGCAAUAAUAGUCAACUGGUACAACAACAACAACCAAAUCAUGUAAUGGUUUUCAACAAGAAACCACAACCUCCUCAUACUGUGCGGCUACAAUUAGAAGAUUUAUUAGCCAUCUCGUACAAGCAAAGAACGCGAAAAGAAACUCUUCACGUACAAAAAUAUAUUUUCAUCAUUGAUUUCUCAUUUAUGGAUUCACCAGAUGUGUACAAUAAUGUCAAGAAGGCAUACAUGUCAUAUAUUCACACAAAAAAUCAAUCGAAUUGGAAUAUGGGCUCUGAGGGUAGUGGUGCCAAUGAUUCAAAAUUUGAAACAGAAGGAAAUAUUGUCACUCUCACGAUUAUGGGCAUUAACAAGAAUUCCAUUCAACCUUUGUGGACCUCUGACAAUGAAAAAUUAUUUGAAUUGCAUUACAUGCAAGGAAUGAUUCGACCUGAAAAUUUCAAAACUUUAAAUCCACAAUAUUUCUUGAGUCCAAAGAACGUUAUUGAUUGUUGCGAAUAUUUAGAUAAUAAUUCUAAUUUUAUUAUGAACUCAAAUCCCUAUGAAGACUAUCAAGAUAUUGUAAAUUUAGAUCAACUUGCUCAAUUCAUUUUGAAAAGUUUACCUGUUUGUGACAUUAAUAUCAUGACUUGCUAUCUCGAAAAAGCGAAUACUCGUGUAUCAAUAUCUCAACUCAUCAUGUACGAAUUAGAAAGACUUCUUCAAAAUUCAACCAAUUCACUGCAUAUUGAUAUCGUGAAAAUGUCUACAAAUUCGGAUGUGGGAGUUUUAUCAGUGCCUCCUCCAUAUUACAAUGGUUCAACAUUUACUGGUAUGAAUUAUGGUGAUCGAGUGAUCUUUGACAAUUUGGAACAAUUUUUGAGGAAAAUUAGACAACGGAAAAAUGUUGACUUUUCAUUUGUGAUUGGCAUUGGAAAGAGUGAUGUUGUCAACACCAAUAAGGAAUUUGAAUAUCAAGUAGCAAAAUGUUUCUCCCUUUGCACUGCCGAUCCAAAAUUAAGAACCUAUUCCAUUUCAUUAUUUGACGAAAUGGCCCAUGCCAAUCCACUCACCGAUUACAUUUAUCAAGUGUAG